UUUAUUUUACGGACUAACAAUGCAAAAUUUGUCAUGUAAAAUGAUUUCUAAGACUUUUAUAUAACAACCAAAAGGAGAGUGAUAGGGCAAAAGAUAUAUACGUACAUAUCUCAGCAUGAUGAAUGCUUUGAAUGCCUUUGGGAUGGCCAUUGGCUGGAUGGACAUUGUGGGAGUGCUCUUCUUCGAACUGGUAAUGUUCUAUAUGAUGCGGCGUCGUCGUUUGGCAAAAGAUGCCGAGGAUAUAUCGAUUGAGGCACCAAAGCAAAACCAGAUGAAUUCAUUGCCCAGCCUCUUGAACAGGAAAAAUCUGAGUGAGACCGGAAACGUUUGGAUAUAUUGGGGCUACUUGUUGAUGCUGAAUGUCUGGGUUGGCAUUACGCUGCUCAUGAUAGCUGGCAUCUCGUUGCACAAACCAGAACUUAUGACAUUUUGGCUGAUUUGGUGCGCUUGCGGAUUGGUAUUCGAUGUGCUCUUCAUUUUGUGGUGGGUUUACGAGCUCUUUGUGGGAGAUGCCAUCGAGGCGCUGACCAAUAUUCUCAUCUCCCUGCUGACCAUGGCAAUUGAGUCCGGCUUCAUCUAUGUUAUUUAUACCAUCUACAUAAAUUUGUCCAACUCCCGGGAAGAUGACGGGCACAAAGUGAAAAAAGAAUCUGGACUUUCCCUGAUGAUGAUUUCAGAUUUAAAUCGAUAGAAUUAAACGUUCUGUUAUUAAAAACAAAAUUAUCUUUAGUUAAA